CCCACGAUAAUACCCUUUGCGAGUUACCAUCUUUGACUGAAAUUCAGUUAGAGCGUUUCUCCGCAGCAAUGGACCCGGCGAAGGUUCAAAACGGUCAACCAAUGCAGUUCCAGCUGCCAGGCCACGAGCACGCUGGUUAUUUUAUCGCCUCCGCUGCCGCCAUAGUUACGCCCUCAGCUAACUUCCUCUAUCCUGCUGCUAUCGACGAAACGGACUUAGAAACUAAAGGUGCCGACGCUUUAACCAAUCCUGGCACCACCUCUAGCCCUUCCCUGGGGAUUGCCGAGUUGGAUCAAUCAGCUUCACGUGCUGACACGGCGUCAGCAGAGUUUAAGCAUGCCAUCAGCCCGUGUCGCAACGAGUUUCGGCCAGCACGUCCUCUCAUUGGCCAAGCCACCGACAAGGCGAGCUCCACCUCUCUGGAUUCUGGACAUCUGGACUGGACACGUGUGUCGGCCUCACUGGUCGGCAGGGAGGUAGAGAACAAGGGAAGGGGUCAGGAAACGAUCUUAGACGUGGUUUGGGGAGGGCAGGAACGCGAGGAGCAAGAGUUAGGGUUCGAGAAUUUAUGCCUUGGGCAAUAUACGGACGGUUCGCGUGAUGCAGGUUUAGUUUUUAGUCCACUGGAUAUAGUGCUUUCUCGUAUGCGUGACGCUACAGUGAACUGUACAGUAAACAAAGGGAGUCGGUUACAGGCUGGAAGAAGUGGAGCCGAAAAGUGUGGGAGCCAUGCUGACGUGGAUAUGACAUGUGCAGGCGUGGAAGCUGCCAGGGAUGAUGAUGCUGAUGCUGAUGGUGACGUCAACAUUGAUGAUGAUGGUGGGGUUGAUGAGGUGGUAGGUGACGCAGCUGCUGAUACUUGUCCUGCUUCUGCUGCCCCUGGUGCGUGUGAUGCUAACGAGCCUGUGGAAUCUGCAACUGGUGCUUAUAACUCUGAUACGUGCCUGGGAUCUGAGCAUGGAAGCAGCAGCAAAUCCAUCGCAGGCAGAGGCCAGAACGCGCAAAGCAAGAGGCCUGGUAGGAGAGCAGCAGGGGGAGGGAAGAAGAGAGGAGGAGUGGAAAGAGGAGGUGGGGGAGGGAGAGGGGGAAGGGGAGGAGGAGGUGGAGCGUCGGAGAGUGUGUGGUCGUGCAUGCACGAGUUUGUUGCUCGGAACCCUGUUCAGGUGAAAGCCCAGAUAAUCUGUCGCCAUGCGGUGCCUUCCAGUUCCUUCCAUCGAUUCCUACCUGAUAGAACACCUGAACGGAAGUCAGAGUCGGUUAAAGGCAGGCCAGUUUCUGCUAAGACUGAGAGAGGAAAAGAGUUGGAUGCAGGACGAGGGCGAGGAGGAGGAGAGAAGGGAGCGGCAGAAGGGGAAAAGGGAAGUGGAGGCAAGUGGGGUGCCGGGGAGGUGGUGGUGCUGGUGGUGGGGGUGUUGGUGGAUGUGUUUGUGAGCAAGGAGGCAUGGUACAUGCCUGCCACGUGGAGGGGAGGGGCCGCCACUGCCUCAGUCCUCUCCCAUCUCUGCACUGAUUGGUCAACGCAUCCCUGUAACAAGCUACAAGAAUCGCAUUCUCCUAGGUGUCAGUUCUGUGAUCCCAGCCUGCCAGCCUGUGGUGUGCAUGGGUGCACGCUCCAUGGCUCCCUCAACUUCUGUUCACCUGUGUCCUCUUCAUCGGCCGAAGCCCCGUCUGCAGUGACACCGUCCACAGUCACACCACAUACAGUCACAUCUCCUACUAGUGACCCCUCAGAUUUCAGCCUGUCCAAGAUCUUUCGCGCACUGCCCAACAGAUUCGACGCCCCUACAGUCUACCCUGACCCCCCUCCAGCGCCCCCCUCCUCCUCCGCCCCUCCCUCCCCCCUCCUCUCUCUCCCUCCCGACCUCCUCCUCCUCUCCCUCUCCCGCCUCUCCCCCAUCGACCUCCGCUCAGCUGCUGCCACGUGUACCCGCCUGCGCCAGCUGGCAGCGCCAGCUGUACCCAGCCUGCCGCACCUCUCCCUCUUUCCGCACCAGCGGUCGGCGCUACAGUGGAUGCUGGGGAGAGAGAAGGGGGGAGUGAGGAGGGAGUGUGGGGGAGAGGGGGGGAGUGGGAUUGAGGGAGAGAGUAGGGUGCCUCAGGGGUUUGUUCGGAGUCCUUUGUUGCAUGUGCUGAGAAUGAGAGGGGAAGGGAGUGAGUGUGGUGAGAGGAGUGGAGGGAGUGAGGGGAGGGUGAUGCUAUGCGAUGUGAUUACAGGGGGGGUGAGAUUCGUAUGGGGCAAGGAGAGGAGGAACGGAAGGGGGAAGAGAAAAGGCAGAGAGUGGGAAGAGAAGGAAGUCACGCGUGAGUUGAGGGAGGGGGGAAGCCGGCUAGAGGGUGACAGCAGGGACGGGGAAGGUUUGGAGGGUUCUGGUUUGGCGAACCUGGAAACGGGCAGACGAGGCAUGGUUCUGGACCUAAGGGACAGGCUCGGCAUGGUGCCGGACGUGAGGGGAGGCUUGUUCUGUGACGAGCCUGGGCUGGGGAAGACAGUAACAGCCUUGGCACUGAUUCUCAAGACUAAGGGGCUGUUGCCCUCAGUGCCUAGGGGUUGCCGACUGGUGGUGUGUGGGCGGAAGGGAGGGAAUUGGGAGGAAGGGUGGAGAGGAGGAGAAGGAGGAGGAGGGGGGGGAAGAGGAGGAGGAGGAAAGGCGUGGAAAGGAGGGUGGUUGGGAUACUAUGAGAGGGUUUUACCAGGGGAGGAAGAGGGGAAGGGGGAGGAGAAAGGUUGGUGGGGAAGGAAGGUGCGGCACGGCAGUGAGACAGGGGAAGCCAAUGGGUUGGGGGCAGAAGGGAAUGACAUGGGCGAAGGGAGGGCGGAAACGGAGAUGGUACAGGGUGGGUAUGUAGAGGAGAGGGAGGGAGGUGAGAAUGGGUUGAAUGCGGUGCUGGGGAGCAGCAGAGGGCGCAAUGCGGUGCAGGGGAGCAACAAAGGGCGCAAUGCGGCGCAGGGGAGCAGCAAAGGGCACAAUGUGGUGCAGGGGAGCAGGAACCAACCGGAUGGCUCAGAGAGGCUUACAGCUGGGAGCAGCAUGCUGAGAAGCGUGGGCAGUAAAGGUGCUUCAGUGCUGCAAGGUGGUGCAGCUGCUUGCGAACAGGAAGGUGGUGCAACUGCGUCGACCCGGCCACAGAGGGAUAGGGGGGGCAGGAGGGGCAAGGCAUCGAGAGAGGCAGCAGAGGGGGGAGGAAAGGAGGAAGGAAAGGAAGCAGCAAAGGAGGCAGCAAAGGGGGCAGCAAAGGGGGCAGCGAUUCGAUGCGGAAAGCUGUCAAUUCCAGUGGUGCUCGCCUUGCAGGCACCCAAAACCAAGAGUCAAGUGGUUGAGCCGGAAGGGCGGGCUGGGAGAGGGGUCCGGAGGGGUUCAGAGCGGUGUGUGCGCCGGAAGCAGGGGGUAGAAGCAGCAGUUGGGACGGACUCAAGGGAAGAAGGCAGGAGGGAGGGUGAGGAGGAAGGGAGCGAGGCAGUAGGCCUUUCGGGGGGUGAUUGCGGCGAGGGUAAUGGGAUGAGGGAUAACGAAAACGAGGAUGGUGAGAGGAGAUGGAGAUGGAGCACUGGAGGUGGUGGAAGUGGCCCACGGGAUUGUACUGAUGGUGGGAAGUGUGUCGACAGGCAAGACCAUUUUGAGUUGGGAAACAGUCAGGUGGCGGGUAGAGAGGAAUGUGAGAGUGACGAUGGGGUGAGGUACCAGGUGAAGGGAGAAAGAUGGGAAGAGGAGGAGGAAGAGGUGGAUGAGGAGGAUCAUGAUGCGGAAGAGAGUAAGGAGGAGGAUGAUAGCGAUUGGGUGCCUUCUAGUGCAGGUUCUUCUGUUCGCGCAAAGGCUUCAGCAAGGGUGUCUCGUUCUUCUGCAGCCGUCACUCCUUCGGCAAAGGUCACUCCCUCUUGUGCCCACUCAAAGGGGUCUGUAAGGGUCCUUCACUCUCCAGCAGAAAUAUCACAGCAGCAGCAGCAUGGGCGGCAGCAGCAGCAGCAGGUACAGCGGCAGUGGCAGAAGCGGGGUGAGGGGGACAAUGAGGGCGAUACCGAUGCCUGCUUAUGUGUGUCACACGGUGCUGGUGGUGCUGGUGGUGCUGGUGAUGCUGGUGGUGCUGGUGGUGCUGGUGGUGCUGCUGGUGGUGCUGAUGGUGCCGACAUUGCUAAUGGUACCGAUGGCAGCAAGUGUGGCACGAGACGCUGCCUGCUUCUCUGCUUCAAAGGGCCCGAUUGUACGAGCGUCGAUGGGAGGUCUAAAUGCAGGAGCAUCAAUAAGCUUUGUAAAUGCAGGAGCGUCAAUGGCAUCUGUAAGUGCAAGAGUCUCCAGGAGUUGUCGUGUGGCAAGGAAACCACGAGCCACACGAGCAGGCAGAGCAGCAGGCUGCGUGCGAAGGGUGCUGCUCGUGACAGAGGUGUGGACAUGAGGAUUUCAGAAGUGGGUGCAGCGAGGCCGAUGCAUGCAUCCGGUUCAGGGCGUGCAGCAAGGGAUGUGGAUAUAGCGGUUGAAGUGGUUCACAGGGGCGGGACUCCCAAGCGGAGGCGCACCUCAGUGCGCGUGCGAGAGGAGGACGAGGUGAAGGGAGAACAGGAAGGGAAUCUGGAAGCGGGCAAGGAAGAGAAUGGGGAAGAGAAUAACCGAGAGGAUAAAGACGAGAUUAAGGGGGAGAAGGUAGAGAAGGCCGUUGGGGAAGAGGUCAAGAGAGCCUUUGAGUCGACUCAAAAAGAGGCAGAGAAGGACCGUGGGGAAGAGGUCAAGAAGGGACUGGGGAAGAGAGGAAGAGGGGUUUGUGGGUUGAAGGCUGAGGGGGAGGACGGGGAGGAGAAUGCGUCAGUGGUAACGGGAAAGGUAAGUUUAGGGACAGGGCAGAAGGGUGGCCAGCGGGAGGAGGGUGUAGGGGCAGGGCACAAGGCUGGGAAGGGGGAGAACGGGGAGGAGGGGGAGGUGAAGAUGCUGCAGGAGAGAGGGCAACAGGCAGAGAAGGCUGGGCAAGAAAGAGACAGCCGGUUGGUGACUGUAAAGCUGGAUUACACGUGUCUUGAGAGCCAAGAGGCCGACUACCCUGGAAAGAGGCAAGAGGUCGACUACCCUGGAAAGAGCCAAGAGGCCGACUACCCUGGAAAGAGCCAAGAGGAAGAUGGAGAGUAUGUGGAGAAGUGGAUAUGCUGUGACGAGUGUGCUAAGUGGAGGAAGGUUCCAGGAAGCUACAACUACCCGGAAAACCAGCUGUGGUUCUGCGGGCUGAACCCUGACUCUGCCCGCCGCGUUUGCUCUGAGCCAGAGGAAUCUACCAGUGCUGACACAGACAUUUCUUCACUGCCCGGAUUCUGCCCGGUCGAGGCAGCUUUUGACGGUGGGCUGCCUGCAAAUGUGUCGCUAUUCGUGGAAAAAAUCGGGGGAAGUUUUCGGAGGGCGGAAUCGGAUUUGGAGUGGAGUGACGUGGAGCAAGGGGUGAGGUGGCUGGCUCGGAUUGGUUCAGGCGAAGCAGCGAAGCUGGUUGCUGCUAGUGAGGCUGAUGGGGGGGAGGUAGGAGGAGAGAGCAGAAGGGGGCGAGGAGGAGUGGAGAGGGGUGGAGGGAGGAGGGGAAGAGGUGGAAAAGCUGGGGUUGGGCCGGGGAGUAAUGGGCUGGUCCCCCCUGGGUGUGUGAGCCGCAGUGAGUGCUGCUCCCACCUCUUCUCCUCCCUGGGGCUUGUGUGGGUGCCUGCUCCCAGCCAUGCACCCGGACACACAGGAAGGGGAAGAAGUGCUGGGGGGGUGGGUUCUGGGGGAGGUGAGUCUGGGGGAGAUGGGUCUGGGGGGGGUGGGUCUGGGGGAGGUGGGAGGAGAGGCAAUGGUGGCAGCAGAGGAGGAGGUGGUCCCAGAAUACGUGGAGGAAGAGGAGGAGGAAGAGGAGGAGGAGGUGGAGGAGGUGGAGGUGGUGGUGGUGAUGGUAAUGAUGCUGCAGCGACUGCGGCUGAGCGUACAGGUCUCGAUGUGCUCACGGGGCGCCAUGUGCUGCCCGGCCUCUGUGUACUCUCGAGUAGUCUUGGCAAUGUGGGUCGGGGCGAUGGGAGUCUGGGCAGUGGCAGUCACAGCAUUGGAGGGAGCUCCUCUCACGCCACUGCUGCAGCACCAGGGGCAAGUGCGGCUGCUGGGAAAGUAAGCUCUACUGUUGAUGGCACUUCUGCUGCUGCUGCUUCUGCUUCUGCUGGUGACGGUGAUGCUGGUGCUGUUGGUGCCGUUGUUGCUGGUGCUCUUGAUGAUUCUGCUUCUCCUGCUCUUGGCCCAUCCAGUGCUGCGAAUGGCAUCAGCAGCACAGGGAGCGGAGACAGCAGAGCAGCACAGGCAGGAGGAGCAAGGGGAAGAGCUGCAGGCAGAGCAGCAAGAGGAGCAGCAGGGAGAGGCAGAGGAGCCACCACCCCAAGGUCAAAGCCCUUUCAGUCGACGAAUGGAGCUGGGGGCUCGUGGGUGCUUCCUCCCUCACUCUCUGCCCAUCUUACCUUCGACUUCGAGUCCUUCAGACGUGCUCAUGCAAUUGUGGAGGGGCAGGGCGGUCAGGGAGGUGUGGUAGGGCGAAGGGGAGAGAGGCUUGGGAAAGCCUUUGAGGAUUGCCAAAUUCAAAGGGGGAGGGGAAGCAAGACCGUUCCUGGUGCUGCUGCUGGUGAAUCUGCUUCUGGUGGUGACGUGGCACCUAGGGAAUAUCAUUUCGUUUCGUCCGCCACUCUGAUUGUGGUCCCCACCACGCUCGUCAGCCAUUGGCUGACGCAGAUCUCGCGCCACGUGGCGCCGGGGGCUCUGCGUGUGUGCGUGUACGACGGGGCCAAUCAGAAGGCGCCAGCUGUCCACAGCCUGGCAUGGGAUUACGAUGUGGUGGUUACCACAUUCUCGAGUGAGGGUAUGUGGUGGGAUUCAGAGGAGGAGGGGGAGGAGGAAGAGGGGGAGGAAGAGGAGGAGGGAUGGGAGGGCGCGAGGACAGGGGAGAGUGCAGAGAAAGCCAAGCAGGAAAAGGAGGCGCAAAGGCCAAAUGAAAGAGGGGCGGGUUCUGGAGAGCAAAGCGGGAGGGGGGCUAAGAGAAAGCGGUGCCGACAAGCAGACGAGAGAAGGGAGAAAAGCGAGAGGAGCGAGAGAAGCGCCAACCAGAUGAGUGCUCCAAGGGAACGCAGUCCCAGAUGCAGACAAGCAGAGCCACUUGCCUGGCAGCUAGGUGGAUGGCAGGACGGCGGCGGACGGCGCUCGCAGCGGUCAGCCAAAAAGCGGGUCCGGCUGGGAGUGAAGGAGAGCCGUCGGAUCGCGUCCCCGCUGCUGCGGAUCCAUUGGCUGAGAGUGAUUCUGGAUGAGGGCCACACGCUGGGUGCCAGCCUGGCAGCCACCAACAAGCUGCGCAUGGCCGUGGCUUUAAGAGCUGCAAGGCGGUGGAUACUCACAGGGACGCCCACUCCCAGCACUCCCACCAGCCAGGUAGCGCACCUUUUCCCGCUGCUCUCCUUCCUGCACGAGCCCAUCUACGGCCGCCAGCAGGGCCUGUGGGAGAGGGCGGUGCAGAGGCCAUUCGAGGCAGGCCGGCCCGAGGGGAGGCAACGGCUGGUGCAGGUGCUAACCCGGUGCAUGUUCCUGGGGCAGAAGAAGGACGUGCUCUCCAUCCCGCCUUGCGCGAGGAAGGUGAAGCUGCUCUCCUUCUCCCCCCAGCACGCCGCCUCCUACAACGAGUUCGUGGAGACCGUUCAGCGCAACUUGCUGCUGGCUGACUGGAUGGACCCCUCCCACGAGGAGUCCCUCCUGAACCCCCGCAACCUGAAGCAGGCCAAGCAGACCCUUAACAACGUGCGCCUCUCCUGCUGCGUCGCCGGGCACAUGGAAAGUUACGACCUGCCCGGGGACAUUGACGAGACGAUGCAGCAGCUGGUGCAGGGGGCGCUGGAGCCUGGUUCGGGCAGGUUUGAGGAGAUUCGGGCAGCGUUGAAGGGAGGAUGCUGCUGUGAAAGGUGUGGGGAGUGGGCCCGGCUCCCUAUAGUCACCCCCUGUGCGCACCUCCUGUGCAUCACGUGUGUGGCCACGGACAAGCACGCUUGCGCCACGCCGGGGUGUGGCCGGCAGUACAGGAUGCAGGAGCCCAAGGACAUGAAGAGACCAGAGAAUGCCAACCCCAAGUGGAGCGUGCCGCAGGACCUGAUCGAGCUGCAGCCAUCGUAUGAACAGAGGGAGUGGCACCUGGAGUGGCAGGAGACAGCGAGCUCCAAGGUGGAUUACCUCAUCUCCCAGCUGCGCCUGCUGGCUCCCCCCACCCUCGCCUCCACCGUAUCACCACUGUUCCCGCCACAAGCACAACCGCCACUGCCAUCACCCUCUGUAGUGUCAGCAUCAGCAGAGAGAGAGUCAGCCGAGAAGCUGCCUUCUGUGCCCUCUGCAGCACCAGCAGGGCAAGAUUCAUGUGCGCAAGUGGCAGCUGCCCCUGUGCCUGCUGCACGCUCCUCUGCUUCCCCUUCUCCCGCUCCUCCUUCCCCUGCCUCUACGGCUGCUACGCAUGCCACUGCUUCCCAUGCUGCAGAGGGCAGCAGGGGCAUUAGGGGAGUGCUGCAGCAAGGGCAAUGCAUGGGCCAGAGAGAUGAUACGAAGGGGAGGUGUGGUGGGGAGGAGGAGGGGAGGAGUGGGGGAGAGAAGGCGAUAGUGUUCACCCAGUUUUUGGAGCACAUUGCGCUGCUGGAGGCCCAGCUCACACUAGCAGGAGUUAACUUCGCCGGACUCUACAGUCCGCGGCCUCAGUCUGUUAAGAUGCAGGAGCUGCUUCGGUUCCAGCACGACCCAUCGUGCCGCGUGCUUCUAAUGGACGGCACGGGGUCGCUGGGCCUCGACCUCUCCUUUGUGUCCCGCGUUUUCCUCAUGGAGCCCGUGUGGGACCCCAGUGUGGAGGAGCAGAUGGUGUCCCGGGCGCACCGCAUGGGCGCCUCUCGACCAAUCACAGUGGAGACACUCGCCAUGGCAGGCACGCUGGAAGAGCACAUGCUGCAGAUUCUGCAGGUAUUUCUGGUGCAGGUAGAUCCGGUGCAGGAAGAUCCGGUGCAGGUAGAUUCGGUGCAGGUAGAUCCGGUGCAUGUAGAUCCGAUGCAGGUAGAUGUGGUGCCUGUUUUUGCGGCGCAGCGUCUUCCUGACAGCGGAGCCCAAGCGAAACAGAGGCAGGCGCGGGAGGCGGUGGCGCGCAACGCCAUUCUGCUCGCUCUCAGGCUCGUCCGCACUGCCGACUCCUCCCGCCCGCUCUCGCCCUCCCUAGCCAUAUCCCCCGCCAAAGCCGUUUGUCCCGUCAAAUACACCUCCCCCGCCAAGCCCCUCUAUUCCCCUAAACCCCUGCUGUCCCACCAACCCCUCCCUCGCGCCCACCUCUCUUUCUCGCUGCCUGCAUGUCCCCUGCCACCUCCUGGCCUUGCUCUCGCUGAUCCCUUUCCCCCUGCUGCCUGCUCUCCGCCCAACGGGUGCUCUUCACCUCUUACCCAAGGCCCUUUGGUGGCUCACAAGCACUAUUCAACCCUUGAGGAAGGCUUAGCUGAGGUAGGCACAGCUGAGGGAGGCACAGCUGGUGUCCCCACGCUGGAUGCAUGCAGCAGCAUGUGCUCUCUGCUUGGCGCUGCCACAGCAGUCAUUGCAGCCAGGGCAGCGGAAGAAGGGGCAGCUGAUGUGGCAGGGAUAGUUGAUGUUGCAGGGGCAGCUGAUGUGGCAGGGGCAGCUGCUCUUGAUGCUUUAGACUCUGGUACUGGCAGCAGGAGCGAAGGGAGCGAUGGUGCCGCUGCUGCAGGGCAGGCAGGAGGUGGCGACAGGGCAAGGGAGGGGGGGGGCAAUCCUAACACAGAACGAAGGGGAAAGACUUCCAUCGAAGAGGAUAGGGAAGGCAGCGUUGGCAUUCUAGGAGUGGAGGGGGAUGAACCCAAGGUGAAGCGGAGAAGGCGAGUGGUGUGGUUUGCAGAUGAAGGCGUGCAGCCGGAAUUGCUGGCGAGGGUGCUCAAACCCACGGAUGAUUGACUACGGUACACCACACCACGGGAGCCUGCAUGGAAACGCUGGGAGUGGAGUGAGAUGAUGGAUUGACUGUGAGGUGGAGAAGGUGAGUCGUGCGAUGAGCACAUGAAGGUGUGCAUCCGGAACUGUUGGGACGGGUGCUCCAACUAGCAGCCGAAUGAUUCUGGUGUGCCAGCACCAGGAGGCUACUGUACUGUACAUGUUUUGUUAGGCAUCUUAAAGCUCAAAAGCUAUGUAGUGAAGACGGCUUCAGUUUCAGUGCUAUGUGUAGCUGCCUGGUAUGUGUACAUAGCUUAUCUUAACUGUUACUACAGAAUCCACUGACACAAAUAAUUCUCUACAUGGUUG